GUUGAUGGGAUACUGUGCCUGGCUGACAUUCUUACUGAUAACACCCAUUCUGAAGCUACUCAUGCAGAAGCAGCGGCGGUGAUCGCACAAAUCACAUCUCCACAUCUCACGUUCACUCAGCACCUCAGCAGCUUUCUGGAAAAUAUGGAAGAAAUUGUAACAGCACUUGUCAAACUGUGCCAAGAAGCCUCAUCUGGUGAAGUUUUCCUGCUGGCUUCAGCAGCUCUUGCCAAUAUUACUUUCUUUGAUACCAUGGCUUGUGAAAUAUUGCUCCAGUUAAAUGCAAUGAAGAUUCUUCUAGCAGCAUGUUCAGACAAAUACAUAGUAGAUACUCCGUAUUCCCGAGAUCAGGUGGUAACAAUAUUGGCAAACAUGUCUGUCUUGGACCAGUGUGCUUCAGAAAUCAUUCAAGGAAAUGGUGUUCAACUUUUAAUGGAAAUGCUCUUUGAAAGAUCAUCUUCAGGAAAUUCAGCAGAAGUUGCCGCUUGUGAGCGAGUCCAACAGAAAUCUGCAGUUACGCUGGCACGACUCAGCCGAGAUCCUGAAGUGGCAGAUGCAGCUGUAAAACUCAGCUGUAUUCCUCGCCUAAUUAAACUCUGCAGAUCACCAACUGAAAGAAAUAACAGUGAUUCUGUUUUAGUGGCAUGUCUGGCAGCCUUACGGAGACUAGCAGUUAUGAGUCCUGAUGGACUUGAAGAUUCAGAUUUUCAGCAGCUAGUAAAGCCCAGACUUGUGGAUUCCUUUCUGCUAUGCACAAAUAUGGAAGAGAGCUUUGUAUAAAUAGGAGCCAAAAACUUUUGAAAAAUAAUCAAGAUGAUAGGUAUACAAUAAGAUAAUACAUAUACAGUUUUAUUUAGUUUUAGUCCUAUUGUUAUUUAUGACUUAUUUAUUUUAAAACUAUGAAUAGGUGGUUUGAAUAGGAGCAAAGAAACGGAAUGAGCAAACUUGUUUCAGUGGUUUGCAAAGGUAA